GAACUUUCCCGUUAAGAGCGAGCGUGAGAUUAUGUUGCGAAAGGCGAUGCCUUUUUCUCAAUUUCAUGUCUAAUGGCGAUAAUCAGCUUUGCAGUCUCCAGUAAUUGAUACCCGCGGGAUUUUCUUCUUACAAAUUUGGGUCUAGGGUUUUUGUUUCUCGGUGUCUCAGUCCGAUAAUCCUGAGAUGAAGACGAUCAAGCCCUUGCCGGAAGGAGUUCGUCACUCCAUGCGUUCUGGAAUUAUCAUGUUCGACAUGGCGAGGGUCGUGGAAGAACUCGUCUUCAACAGUCUCGAUGCUGGGGCGACCAAGGUGUCUAUCUUCGUGGGUGUUGUUUCAUGCUCUGUGAAAGUUGUGGAUGAUGGAUCAGGCGUUUCAAGAGAUGAUUUGGUUUUGUUGGGAGAAAGAUAUGCUACUUCAAAGUUUCACGACUUCACCAACGUGGAGACAGCUAGUGAAACUUUUGGAUUUCGUGGAGAGGCCUUAGCUUCAAUAUCAGAUAUCUCGUUACUGGAGGUUAGGACAAAAGCUAUUGGGAGGCCUAAUGGUUAUCGAAAGGUUAUGAAGGGAUCCAAGUGUCUACAUCUUGGAAUUGAUGAUGAUAGAAAAGACUCUGGCACGACGGUAACUGUCCGAGAUCUAUUUUACAGUCAGCCAGUGAGACGAAAAUAUAUGCAAUCCAGCCCCAAGAAAGUUUUGGAAUCUAUCAAAAAGUGUGUGUUCCGGAUUGCCCUUGUGCACUCCAAUGUUUCCUUCAGUGUUCUUGAUAUCGAAAGUGAUGAAGAGCUUUUCCAAACCAAUCCUUCUUCUUCAGCAUUCUCACUACUGAUGAGAGAUGCAGGGACCGAAGCUGUAAAUUCGCUUUGUAAAGUAAACGUUACAGAUGGCAUGCUGAAUGUCUCUGGGUAUGUAUCUGGUCCUGGAGAUAGUUUAAAGGCCUUGCAGUAUAUAUAUAUCAAUUCAAGAUUCAUUAGCAAAGGUCCUAUUCAUAAGCUGCUGAACAACUUGGCUACUAGUUUUGAGUGUGCGGAUGACUGGAAGCCUACGGAUGGGCAACAAACAGGAAGACGCAAUAGACUUCAAUCCAACCCUGGUUACAUUCUGUGCAUAGCAUGUCCACGCCGUCUUUAUGAAUUCUCGUUUGAACCAUCAAAGACGCACGUUGAGUUCAAGAAGUGGGGACCUGUACUUGCCUUUAUAGAAAGAAUCACUCUAGCCAACUGGAAGAAAGAUAGAAUUCUUGAACUUUUUGAUGGGGGAGCUGAUAUACUGGCAAAAGGUGAUAGACAAGACCUGAUUGAUGACAAAAUUAGACUUCAAAACGAUUGGCCAGAAGCUAUGGAACCUGCAAAAAAGAAGCUGAAGAGAAGUAAUGAUCAUGCACCUUGUAGUUCUCUCUUGUUUCCGUCUGCUGACUUUAAACAAGAUGGUGAUUAUUUUUCUCCACGAAAGGAUGUAUGGUCUCCAGAAUGUGAAGUCGAACUGAAAAUUCAGAAUCCCAAAGAGCAAGGUACUGUAGCUGGAUUUGAAAGCCGGACUGAUUCUCUUCUACAGUCACGUGACAUAGAAAUGCAAACGAAUGAAGACUUCCCACAAGUUACUGACCUCCUUGAAACAAGCUUGGUUGCUGACUCUAAGUGCCGUAAACAGUUUCUAACAAGAUGUCAGAUUACCACACCUGUCAAUAUCAACCAUGAUUUUAUGAAAGAUUCAGACGUGUUAAAUUUUCAGUUUCAAGGAUUGAAAGAUGAGUUGGAUGUCAGCAAUUGCAUUGGAAAGCAUCUCUUGCGUGGUUGCUCUUCAAGAGUAAGCCUAACCUUUCAUGAGCCUAAACUAUCUCAUGUUGAAGGGUAUGAAUCCGUCGUGCCUAUGAUACCUAAUGAAAAACAAAGUAGUCCGCGGGUCCUAGAGACCAGAGAAGGUGGUUCGUACUGUGAUGUUUAUUCUGAUAAGACUCCUGAUUGUUCCCUAGGGAGUUCAUGGCAGGAUACUGAUUGGUUUACUCCACAGUGUUCCUCAGAUAGGGGAUGUGUUGGAAUUGGAGAAGAUUUUAACAUUACCCCCAUAGAUACUGCGGAAUUUGAUUCUUAUGAUGAAAAAGUUGGUAGUAAAAAGUAUCUUUCUUCUGUCAAUGUGGGGAGCUCUGUUACUGGUAGUUUCUGUUUAAGUUCUGAGUGGUCUCCAAUGUACUCCACACCUUCUGCGACCAAGUGGGAGUCUGAGUACCAGAAAGGUUGUCGAAUUCUUGAACAGAGUUUGAGACUGGGAAGGAUGCCUGACCCUGAAUUUUGUUUCAGUGCAGCUAACAACAUCAAAUUUGACCACGAGGUCAUACCUGAAAUGGAUUGCUGUGAAACCGGUACAGACUCUUUCACAGCUAUUCAGAACUGCACUCAGUUAGCUGAUAAAAUUUGCAAGUCUUCGUGGGGGCAUGCAGAUGAUGUGCGUAUUGACCAAUAUAGUAUCAGGAAGGAAAAGUUCAGUUAUAUGGAUGGCACACAGAACAAUGCUGGUAAACAAAGGUCAAAAAGAAGUCGAUCUGCUCCUCCAUUUUAUCGAGAGAAGAAGAGAUUUAUCAGCUUAAGUUGUAAAUCAGACACAAAACCAAAGAACUCUGAUCCAUCAGAACCUGAUGAUCUGGAGUGUUUGACACAACCUUGUAAUGCAUCUCAAAUGCAUCUUAAGUGCAGCAUCCUUGAUGAUGUGUCGUAUGACCACAUACAAGAAACAGAAAAAAGAUUGAGUUCUGCCUCAGACUUGAAAGCAUCUGCUGGUUGCAGGACUGUGCACUCAGAGACCCAAGAUGAGGAUGUGCACGAAGACUUCAGCUCAGAGGAAUUUCUGGAUCCAAUUAAAUCCACAACAAAAUGGCGCCAUAACUGUGCGGUCUCUCAGGUUCCCAAGGAAUCACACGAGCUUCAUGGUCAAGAUGGUGUAUUUGAUAUAUCUUCGGGACUUCUGCACUUACGAUCCGAUGAAUCCUUGGUUCCUGAAUCUAUCAACAGACACUCCCUUGAAGAUGCCAAGGUUCUACAACAGGUUGAUAAAAAAUAUAUCCCAAUCGUUGCUUGUGGAACAGUUGCCAUCGUUGAUCAGCAUGCUGCCGAUGAAAGAAUUCGUUUGGAAGAGCUGCGUACAAAGGUCCUGGCAGGGAAAGCGAGGACAGUCACCUACUUGAGUGCAGACCAAGAGUUGGUACUGCCGGAGAUGGGUUAUCAGUUACUCCAGAGUUAUUCAGAGCAGAUAAGAGACUGGGGUUGGAUCUGCAACAUUACUGUAGAAGGGUCAACGUCCUUUAAGAAAAACAUGAGCAUCAUCCAGCGGAAACCAACACCAAUCACACUUAAUGCGGUUCCAUGCAUUCUGGGUGUAAAUCUAUCAGAUGUUGAUCUAUUAGAGUUUCUUCAGCAGCUUGCUGAUACUGACGGAUCAUCAACUAUUCCUCCAUCUGUUCUUCGAGUCCUAAAUUCCAAAGCCUGUAGAGGUGCAAUUAUGUUUGGAGAUAGUCUGUUACCGUCAGAAUGCUCUUUAAUCAUUGAUGGACUGAAGCAGACCUCACUUUGUUUCCAGUGUGCUCAUGGGCGACCUACAACAGUUCCUCUUGUCGAUUUGAAGGCAUUGCACAAACAGAUAGCAAAGCUCAGUGGAAGACAAGUGUGGCAUGGCUUACAACGCAGAGAAAUUACACUUGAUCGUGCAAAAUCACGCUUAGACAACGCUAAAAGUUAA